AUGGGGCAAGAUGACCAGAUGCCCAAGCAACCAGACUUUUCCUUGGACUGUGGAAAAAUGGUGGAGGAAUCAAGUUUUGGUGUAUUAACAGGCCUUAUUAGAGACCUGUUGCAAAGACAGACUCCAGUAGCUGGCACUGAGCUCAUUGACCAGAUGUUCAGAGAGAUUAAAUGUCUGGAGGAAGAUACAAACCGAGGUACUCCUGAUGACCAGGUUGAUGAAUGUGCUAUUAACUUGUGGAACUGGGGUGUUACCAAAAGAGUUGAAGAGUCUAUCACUGAGAAGGAGCGAGCAAUGGUACGUCAUAUAUCCUGCAGGCUUGGGAUCUGGUGUGAAGGUCCGGAACCAUCCGAGGGAAUUGUCCGUAGAAACAUAAUGAUGGCAAUCAAAACUGGAAAAGGCUGGAUAGAUGUAGGAAUGCCUGAACUUUCCAGCUGGUUCCUUGAAAUUGCUUUGAAUAGUCUGGAGAAGUUGUAUGCCAUCCUUACACAGAGGAGCUCUGAAGAAGCAGACAUGAAUGUACACAAAACCUACGUGGAAAAAGAUCUCUUUAAAGUGCUGACAUACCAGGCAGAAGCGGCAGUGGCAAAAAAAGAUUUUGAAACUGCCUCCCUGAGAAUUCAGAGGUGCAAAGAUAUGCUGCUUAGACAACCAAAAGAGGCUGGGCAUCUGUCAAUUCUUUGCUACAACUUUGGAGUGGAGUCAUAUGAAGAGGUCAUAUAUGAGCAAAGUUCUUAUUGGCUGAGCCAGAGCUAUGAAAUUGGAAAUAUUGAUAAAAGAUACGGCCCUGGACCAGAGAUGCAGGCCAAGGUGCUGAGACUACUAGCAACAGUGUACCUGGAAUGGGACUGCAGAUUAUACCAAGAUAAGGCUCUAAAUGCUGUCAGAAUGGCUAAUGAGGAAAGUGUACAUCCCGCUGGCCUUUUUUUGAAGGUCAAAAUUCUUUUGAGAUGUGCAGUGCCUGAUGAUGUCAUCAAUAUGGGCGUCACAGAGAUGCUGCAUCAUAAACUAUCGCUGGAGAUUUAUCUGAGCACAGCAAAACUACUACUAGAACAUAGAAGGGACUGUGUGGGAUUUGAGUUCCUCAAGAUGGUCUGUGGGCAGUUUGAAGACUCCCCUGAUCUCGGAAAAGCCCUGAUUCUACAAAUUGAACUUUUGCUGCAACGAGGGAAGGUACUUUUAGCACAGCAGAAGAUUGAAGAUCUAAUAACAGGUCAUUACACUGGAAAGAAGCUAUCCCAAGAGACUCUGAACAUGUUCCACCACAUUCUUUGGGACAAUGCAGCCAAAAGCUUUGAGGCUAAUAACUACGCAGAAGCUCUCCAGUGGUACAACUAUUCAUUAAGCGUUCAUGCUGCUGACCAUCCAGAGCCGAACCUUGCCAAACUCCAGAGAAACCGGGCCACCUGCUUCCUUCGUCUUAAUGAUCUGCACAAGGCCAGGGAGGCAAUAAAAGAAGCAGAGUGCUCCGAUCCAGGGAACAUCUUCACUCACUUCAGCUUAUAUAAACUAGCUCUGCUCGAAAAUAAUGUCUUGGAAGCAAUGAAUGCUUUGUCUGCCAUGGGGAGUAUUGCAACCCAGUCAAAAUCAAAAGGUUUUCUCGAGGAGCAGAGCUGCUCAGACACCAACCUGCUAAGCCUGGCAGCACAGAUAGCCUUGGAGGUGAGAGAAUCUCAGCAUGCCAACAUUAUACUGUCAUCCAGAUCUAAAAAGAAAAAGCUGUGGGAUGUGGCUAUAAAAGCUUUAGAAUACCUGGUUGACAAAUCUCUUGACACCGAGCAGGUUUUCAUUUCCCUCAGGUGUUUGGUGCGUCUUGUACUCUCAAGUGAAGCAUCAGUUUCUGAAGAGAGGACCGGUGACACAGAACGACUGCUUUCAUAUUUAAAAAGUGCUUACGAGAAGCUGUCAGAGUCCCAGAUUGAGGGUAUUAUUAGCCAUGACAAGCGUUCAAUUGAAGCACACUGGUUCAGAAAAACAGCAUGGAAUUUGGCUGUUCAAUCUGUGGACUUCCCUAAAGUGAUGAGUGAUGCCUUCAUCCUUUCAUACAAGCUGUCCCUGUUCUGCACAUGUGAUAAGCCAGUUUUGGUGGCACAGAAGUCUUGCCUUUUAAUGGCAGCUGCUGUUGACCUGGAAAUGGCUAGGAAGAGCAGUGACCGCUCAGAACAGGUGGAGCUGCUCACUAAGUCACUGGAUCAUAUUCAGCUGUGCCAGGAGAUCUGGAAAGUUCUGCAGUUCUCUGGGGAUUUCUCUCAAGAUCCCACAGAGAUCCUUUUGCUCCUUUAUGAAUUUGAAAUCCGAGCCAAAUUGAAUGACCCAAGGCUGGAGAACAUUUUUGAAUCGGUGUGGGAGCUGCCCAAACUUGAAAUCAAGACUUUGGAAACCAUUGCAUAUUUAUCUAUGGAAACCCCAGCAUACUACCCAUCUAUUUGCAAGCGUGCACUGAGGGGAGUGCUAGCUAUCCUGAAGAAACAGGACCCACUAGAUGUCACCAAGUUUAGUAAAUGUCUGCACAGUCUGAUAAAGCUAAGUUCACCUGAGAGUGCAGGAGGCCUUGAGACCUGUGUCCAAGAGGAGGUGUGGAAGUACUACCAAGAAGCACUUGCAGUCCUCACCAGCUGUGACUAUCCAGAGCUUGAAACUUUAUGGUUAAUGACCCAGUCCUGGAAUACAGGUAUCUGCCAGUAUAGCUUGAAAAAAUACGCAGAUGCUGAGCGUUGGUGUGCAUUGGCCAUGCGCCUGCUGAACUACCUUGGGGAUUUAAAGAGCAGUUAUGAGAAUCAGAUGGUUGGUCUGUACAGUGAGAUACUGGACCAAGUGGAUAAAGCGAAAAGAGUCCUUCCUAAUGAAGAGUAGGUCCUCAGAAGUUUUACCUCACUGACCUUUAGCAGUUUUAUCUCUUACUCUAUCAACAAUAACCAUGUUGCAUUUUGAACUGUAACUGUAUUCCUUAAUAUGCGUUAGUAUUUCUGUACAACAGAUAAAAAGUAUUGUGCAUUUAC